UUAUUUUUUAAUUAGGUGGAUGAGAUGAGAGGCUGUGGACCUUUCACUCCGAAUGGCGGUGCAUUUUGGAAGCUUCUGAGAUUCCAUAACAGAAGAAGCCGAUAUUCCGGCUGAUAUUGGACACAGUAUAUUUCUGGCCCGAUAUUCCGCUAGAGUUACGGGAUGGUGACCAACGACUAUAUCAUCGUUAACGGCGACGGAAGUGAGUCCGUCAACAUACUCCACAAGCACGAGGUCCACGACCACCAGUGUAGUUCUGCUCUUGUUAAACACAUCAAAGCUCCUGUUCCUCUAGUUUGGUCUUUGGUGAGGAGAUUCGAUCAACCGCAGAAGUAUAAGCCGUUCAUUAGCCAAUGCAUUGUAAACGGUGACCCUCAGAUUGGAAGUGUCAGAGAGGUGAAUGUUAGGUCAGGACUUCCAGCUACAACUAGCACUGAAAGGUUGGAGCUGCUAGAUGAUGAAGAACAUAUUUUUAGCAUGAGGAUUGUUGGAGGAGAUCACAGGCUCAAGAACUACUCUUCCAUCAUGACUGUACAUCCAGAGGUCAUUGAUGGGAGACCAGGAACAUUAGUAACGGAAUCAUUCGUGGUGGAUGUACCAGAUGGAAAUACCAAGGAUGAAACAUGCUUUUUUGUUGAGGCUCUGAUCAAAUGCAAUCUCAAGUCUCUAGCUGAUGUCUCAGAGCGUUUGGCUGUGCUGGACUGGACUGAGUCGAUUGACAGAAUCUGAGUCUUGGAGCCAGGUUAGUGAGAUAGAGGUACCCUUUUGUUGCGGGUGGAGGGUGUGAAGCAUCUAUGUCAAAAAGUGAGUAGAAUAUUUUGCAUCUACAGACAUGUUCAGCUUUUCUAUGCAUAUACUUUAUGAUUGAUUUCUUUCACUAAAUUGAUGUUUUGGGUAUCUUGUAUUCAUAGUGGCUGACGAUCAAAGCUUAUCUAUGAUCUACAAGAUUCCUAUAUUAAAAAAGAAAACAAAUGUAGAUUUAUCUCUGUGAUUUUUCUAUGUUUCAAUAAUUGGGCAUGGUAUUUACUGA